GCCUAUGUGUUCCGGGCCCAGAGCGCUGAGAUGAAGGAGCGAGGGGGCAACCAGACCAGUGGCAUCGACUUCUUCAUCACCCAGGAGCGGAUUGUCUUCCUGGACACACAGCCCAUCCUCAGCCCAUCCAUCCUGGACCACCUCAUCAAUAACGACCGUAAACUGCCCCCCGAGUACAACCUCCCUCACACUUAUGUGGAGAUGCAGUCCCUGCAGAUAGCCGCCUUCCUCUUCACCGUAUGCCACGUGGUGAUUGUCGUGCAGGACUGGUUCACGGACCUCAGCCUGUACCGGUGAGCGGGGGGCCCUUCCCAUGGCUCGGGCUCUCCUCCGAGUGGGGGCGGGGAGUGGGCCUCCGAGGCACCUGCGUCCACCUUCACCGAGCUCACGCUGGGGGCCGGCUCAGUGGCAGGAGUGCACGGCAGGCCUGUGGCUUCCCCGUGGCCGUGCGGAUUCCCCGGAGUCCUCCUGGUCCCGUCAAUCUGUGCUCCCUCGCUGACACAGGUAGUUAGUGGAGUGGCAAACGGAGCCUGGGAGGGGUGGCUGGACACGGGGAGAGAAGCCUUCGCUGGCACGCCCAGCCAUCGGAGGACCCACGGGCCUGUUGCCUCCCUCUGUGCAGUUCCCAGCUCCUUCGGGGUUACACGUGCAGAGGGCUCAGGGCCCGGCUAGCUCACCUGGGAGCUCUGUUUCCCGGCAGCCAUGUUUUCCAGCUGGCGGAGUGUCUGGUCCCUUGGGGAAAAGGUGGUAGACGCUCGGGACAAGAGUCCUGCCUGAGCAACUCUGUGCCAGGCAAAGCAGGGGCGAAGAGGCAGAUGCCCUGGGUCAGAGCGCCAAGGUUGAACCCCAGCGCCUCUUGCGUGCCUACCUGUCUUGGCUCCUCUGCAGACUCACUCUGCAGACUCGGUGCAGAGUACCAGGCCCAUCCCCGGGAUGGCACA